UACAAUGCAAUAAAAAACGAGGUUAUGUGCAUAUACGUGAUUGUACUAUUAAGGAUUUUAAAAGCGUGAUGUUUAAUCCGCCUAAAUAAUAUAAAAAAGUGUUUAAAUAAUUUAUAUUAAUUAAAAUAGGUAGUAAAAUAUUUAACCGAAGAGUGAGGAGUAAGACGAAAAGUUACUUGUGCAAAAUAUCGUGCAUUAGAGUAACUUCAACUGCAGUUUUACUACAUUACACACAUAAUCACUUCAUCACUGAUUAGUCAGAAAGUUUAUCGAGAUAUCCAAAUGAACACUACAUUCAUUAGAUCAAACAGAAAGUGAAAAUUGCAGCAUACGAAAGAAUAGUAAUAAGAUACAUUAAAGAAAUAAGUGUACAAUAAAAAUGGAAUUUUGCGAUAGAGUUAUUAGUGAGCCAUGUACAGUAAGUAGUGAAAAAUUUUGGAAAGCUGUAAAACUAUUGUUAAACAAUGGUCAAUUUAUUAAUCGAAGAAUUUUUUAUUCCCUACAACUUGUCAUGUUUCAAUUGAAAAAUAUUGAUAGUACAGACAUUUUCAAAUGGUUUAUGAGCUUUACAAACGAUGUUGUAGAUCCAAAUGAUAUCGAAGAUAUUAAAACAGACAUCGAACAGUCUUUGAUAAAUUUAAAUGGAAAAUGUAAUAUGGAUAGUUUAAUUAUUAAAUCGGAUGAUUUAAAAGAUAUCGAUUACUUACAAAGUAAAGACAACGUAAUUUAUCUUCACUUUGCCAAGUUAUUACCUCGUAGUGAUAAGUUCUCGCCGACGCUACAGCUUUCACUGAUUGAUAUAAACAAUAAUUCCGUUACACAGUUUUAUCAUAAGUGUUGCAAGAAUGGCGAGAAAGAAAACUUAGGUUUUCAAGAUCCUUAUCAGAUAACGUAUAGAAAUAAUUGUAUUUCAAUUUUUGUAGAAAAUUUAGAGAGCUGGAAAGGCAGUAAUUUGAUGUGGCUAAGAAGCAGCUUUUCUCCUAAAUUGCUUAGGUGGAUUGUUAACGAAGAGCCAAAGCAGAGUGGAGUUAACGGUUCCUUGAAACUUAUAGAUUUGGAGCUCUAUACAAAUUUGUAUAGUAAAUUGAAGGUAAAAUAUGGAAUGGAAAUGGUGAGAAUAUGGCCAGAAAGUACGGAUCCAUUAAAAUUUGUUUACGAAGAUAUUGCCAUUGCGACAUACUUGUUAUUAUUGUGGGAGUCGGAAAGGGAAAAGUUGAACAUUAAGGAAAAGCAAUCAUUUUUAGACCUGGGCUGCGGUAAUGGCUUACUUGUGCAUAUACUCAGUAACGAAGGUCAUCGAGGAUUUGGAAUCGACCUACGUAAGAGAAAAAUUUGGGAUCUCUAUCCAAAAACUACAAAAUUAGAGGUUCAAACAAUUAUUCCAUCUUCGAAAAGCUUAUUUCCAGAAACGGAUUGGUUAAUAGGCAAUCAUUCCGAUGAACUAACACCUUGGAUUCCUGUAAUAGCUGCAAGAAGUUCUUAUAAAUGUCGGUUCUUCUUAUUACCCUGUUGCGCUUAUGAAUUCAAUGGUAAGAAAUAUCAAAGGGGAAAUACCGCUUCUAGUCAAUAUUCAGACUACAUGAAAUACAUUGGCCAUGUGAGCAGAAUGUGCGGCUUUAAAGUAAACAUUGACAGAUUACGAAUACCCUCGACCAAAAGAAUUUGUUUAAUUGGCACCGAAAGAACCUAUUUAUUGUCCGAAAGUAAUUCGCAAGAUCUUAAGAUACGAAAAAUGAUAAAUGAUAGGUGUAAGGAUAGCGAUAACGAGGGCGCGUGGUCUAGUAAAUUCACGCCUCGUGAUAACGUAGAGAAAGUAAAAAAUUGCACCCAAAUUGAUAAAAGCUUGAUAUCUAAUAUCAUCGACAUCGUGGUUAAGCUGCUUCUAUGUAAAAUGCGUAAAAUCGAUGUUUCCAAUCAAGAAGUGAAAAAGACGUGGAAUGCCGGCGGUGAAAUUUCAUUGGCUGAACUAGCUGCGACAAUAGGUCCGGAGACGAUGAAAAAAUUGAAAAGCGAAUACGGGGGCUUGCAAACAUUGUUAAAGAAUAACAGUAAUAUUUUCAAAGUCGAUUGUGGAAGGGUGAGAUUUCGCAUUCCAGGCAAGGACGCAGUCGGCCAAAAUAAGAAAUUGAGAAUGUCAAGUGCGAAUAGGAAAGUAAAGUUUUGUUGGUUUCAUGAGAAACAUCCUGAUGGAUGUCCACUGACGGAAAAUCAAUGUAACUUUAAACAUUAAAUAAAAAUUACUUUAUUCAAUUGUAA